GCCCUGAUCCCACAACUGGUUCAAUGGUCGUCGAAAUCGUACGGCCUAGAUGGACCAUGGUAAGCAGUUACAAUAAACAUUGGAACUCCACCGCAGACAGUUGAUCUCCUUCCCGGUGGAUCUUGGAUGACAAAUGUUAUAGCACCAUCCGUAUGCGCGGACGGAGGAGCGUGCAGCGUUGCUCAAGCCGCCGGCUUCUACGAUCCACAUUCAUCGAGUACGGCGUUUGACAUUGGGCAGACUGGAUUUGUGGAUAAUACUACUAUGUCUUCAACAACUGGAGCAAUCUCAACAUUGACUGGUAGAAAUCAAAACCGACGAUCCAUCCUCGAUUUCGACUUGCUGGUUAUUACUGCCGCAAAUGACAUACUUCCAGAUGGCACAACAUAUCCUGCCCAGAUCGGGAAGCUGGCUUUAGGUGCGUCGAAUUUCAAUCAGACCUGGCUCCAUUUUCCUCCAAGUCCGAACUGGAAUGGCACGAUUCUACCAAGUUAUCUUUUCGCUGCCGGCAUUACCCCAUCGAUCUCAUAUGGUAUGCACAUUGGGUCAACAACGUUAGGUAUACCUGGAUCUUUGAAUAUCGGAGGAUACGACCAGAGUCGAGCUCUUCAGCCUGUCAGCGGUCAACCCUACACUAUCGACCACUUGCCUAUUGACCUACUAGAUAUCGGCAUCGAGGUUGCGGAAGGCGGUUCACCCUUUAAUUUUUCGUCUCAAACGGGGCUCCUAGGUGCCAGCAAUUCUUCUAUUGGAGUUUCAGUUCCGGUCCUAGUGGAAGCAACAGUGCCGUAUCUUUACCUACCGCAAAGCACUUGCGAUGCUAUUACCAAACAUCUACCAGUGACAUAUGAAGCAAAGUAUGGCCUAUACUUCUGGAACACCGCAGAUCCAAACUACAAAGUCAUAGUGUCGUCCCCCGCAUUCCUCUCUUUCACAUUCCGUGCGAACGGUAGUAUAUCUCAGAACAUGACAAUUAAUGUUCCGUUCUCACUACUCAACCUGACCUUGUCCGCGCCAAUCAUAAACACGCCGACACAGUAUCUUCCACUAAGACCGAGUCUGGGACCAAGCGGGAGCUAUGAGCUGGGAAGAACUUUCCUGCAGGCGGCCUUCGUUGGCGUCAAUUGGCAGACGGCAACUGGAGUUGGAAGUGGUGUCUGGUUUCUCGCACAAGCUCCCGGACCAAAUACACCUUCAGACAAUCCAUCGACAUCAAUAAAUCCCACUGAUAACUCUAUCAUCGGGUCAACGAGCAGCUGGAAAGAUUCUUGGAAGGGGGUUUGGACUGUAUUGAACUCUACCAAUCCAUCUACGGGCGGAAGCAAUCAAGCAAAGAAAACUGGGGGUCUUUCUCAUGGCGCUAUUGCAGGCAUCGCGGUAGGGGCAAUAGCUGGCUUGUCUUUGUGUGGAUUGGCAGCAUGGUGUCUGCACCGGCGCAGGACUAACUCGGCAAAAGAACAAUUUCGACAACCGUCUUCAGACGAGACUCGAGAAGGGUGGAGGGAAUCUGCAUUUGCUGGGAGUGGGGUCCCAUCGUCUAAACAGAGCUAUCCGUCAUCUGGAUUUGCACCAAGGGAGUUGGACACUGGACAAGUGUCUCCAAGGCCGGUAGAGAUGGCUGCAUAAGAAAUGGCAUUACACUAUGUAAUGUUCGAUAGUCACACAGCGUCAAUUAAUGUGACCGAUUCCUUUCUCCCCAGAUGGGGUUAAGAGGAAUAUGCGGUGAUACCUUUUAUCCCUUUUGGCGCUUUAGCCAUCUCAUUCUUUGGUUCCCUGAAAUCUUUUCUCGUG